AUGAACGUCAGUGUGUCUUUGUCAGUAGAGGCACGCAACAGUCUACAGUUUGUUCUGCUCAGCAAGGACAUCUUUACAUCCCUCUUUGGACCAGGCGCUGAUGUGAGAAGGAAAUACAUACUGCUCACGUUGCACGGCUCAAACGUGCUAGACACGCCCCAGCUGUACCCCAUAACCAUCAAACACGAGCUGAAAGACAACCACGUGGAAAUAGAGAGCUUGAAGCUACUCCAGCAGCAUGGAUCCGACUUUACUAUUGAAACAGCCACGGUGAGAAAAAUUGAUAGGGUACCCAAAUUGACGAGUGUCGUCGUCUCCUUCCCAGAAGAGGUCUACUCUUUGUUAAAGUACAAAGAGCGGGACCAGAUUCACGAAUUGCUAGCCCAGGAAAGAGAGUCUACGCUGGACUUUGCAAUUGUUAGGAAGGGAGAUACUUCUCACACGCUGAACGGGAGCUUCAUUCAUGCUGAACCGUUUGAACAGGGCUAUAUCGAUCACACCACCACCAUAACCAUUGUGAAAGAAAACAAAACUCUAGGCAACAGCACAGUGGAUCUCAGUUCCGACGGUGCCGACAUUGAGGAGUUCGAUCCCUUCGACAUCAACUCAACCAUAAGCCCCACACUGACAGAUAGCAAGCCUACUUCACAUGCCGCUCAAUUUAACGUCAGGCCGUUAGAGCUUGACUUCUUGCAAAAAUAUACACACUUUUCUAAAUAUUCUGACGAGUUUCCCUUUGAAGAUGAACAGCUCUUUGCAUGUUUAACCUUUAGCGCUUUCCAGAAGCUGCAUUGUUUAAGUGGAGACUUGCUUUUGCUACAGACUGCUGGCGACGGAAAGAACGGCUUUGGCCCAACUUACGUUAGGGUUUUCCCCUUUAUAGAACCAUGUUCGUUUGAUACACAAAGUAUUUACCUUUCCCCACUAUUGAUAUUGGCACUGUCGAAUCCAGAGUCAGUUAGCGUCGGAUCGAUUCCAAACCAAAGCCAUCAGCGGGCAGACUUGCCUCGGAAAAAGCUGACGAAGUUCAUCCCCCUCGCUAAGGAAUUAAUACUCUCUCGAGUGUCGACUCCAACAACGUCUGAUAGGUCAUUACAGUACUUAUUUUUGUCAAACCUUAAGGCAUACUUUGAGUCUUCAAACCGUGUGAUUACCAAAGGACAGAUCAUCCCAAUCGCCUUAGACUCUUCUUUAGCAGAAUCAGUUCAUCACACAUAUGGCCUGAAAGGUUGGUAUCCCGAGGUCGUUCCGGAGGGGAACCCGGAUUGUAUUGCAUGGUUUAUGGUUACCAAUGGAACCUUCAAAGACCUCACUACUGGUGAAAUCAAGCCGAUUGAGUCAGGUAAACAGUAUUUGGUAAAUUCCAAUAAAACAAGGAUGUUGCAGUCAGGAAUAUCAAAGCGUGAUUUGAGUGAUGUAGAUUUCCCAACAAUCACUAGGUACUUGAACAUCAAGCCCAAAUUCGAAUACCCAAACACCAUAUUGCCUGGCGGUGGGAAGUAUACUUUCCCUUAUGCGAAAACACUUCGAAAAAUCUUCGACACCUCGAUUAAAAUAAAGGGUAAAAUUGCAUUACAAACAACUGUUCUUUUGACAAGCAACACCAGAUUUGUUGGUAAGAGUACUUUGGUCGAAACAGUUUGUGAGGAUUUUGGCUUCUCGCUUGUUGAACUUGACGGAUACGAUUUGGUGAACUCUGGCCUCGGGAUGCCUGCGGCUACCGUGGGAAUACUCAAGGGCAAGCUCGAUAGAUUGGUUGAGUCUUGUGAAAGACUAGCCGUAUUCAUCAAGCACAUUGAAUGUUUAUGUAAGAAGGGGGAUGAACAGCAAGCCGACCAAAAAAGUUUGGAUGACUCGUUGAGUUUGAAUAUAGUCACAUUGCUCAACGAGUAUGCCUUAAAAGGUGUCAUUAUCAUUACAAGCACUAACGACGCUGACAGUAUCAACGAUAUUGUAAGAUCUAAAAUCAAGUUUGAAAUAGAUGUUAAUGUUCCAAGUGAACCUGAGAGAAAAGAAAUAUUCAAAUACUUGGUCAACUUCCCCACUUCCUCCAAUGAAUUCAUCUAUAAGCAUAACGAUGAGUACCUCUAUCUAGCAAGCAACGAUGUUAGCAUCGAUACUUUGGCUUUACAAAGUGCAGCAUUGACACCUAACGACUUGGCAUACAUUGUAAAAAAUGUCAAGUUGAAUGCAUUAAGAAGAGUCAAAAAAGAGUGUAAAGAAGUGGGACUCAAAAUACAGGAUAUUAUUGACAUCAACUCUGGAGCAAUAAGAUUAACACCAGUAGACUUUGAAGUAAGUAUCAACAAGGCCAGAAACAAGUUCAGUGAUUCCAUUGGGGCUCCACGAAUUCCUAAUGUGAAAUGGGAAGACGUAGGAGGCUUGGACGUUGUGAAAAAUGAAAUUUUAGACACGAUAGAAAUGCCGUUGAAACACCCAGAAUUAUUUGGGAGUGGUAUGAAGAAGAGAAGUGGAUUGUUGUUCUACGGGCCUCCUGGUACAGGUAAGACUUUACUUGCCAAAGCAAUCGCAACGAACUUUUCUCUCAAUUUCUUUUCAGUGAAAGGCCCUGAGCUAUUAAACAUGUACAUUGGUGAAUCUGAAGCUAAUGUGAGAAGAGUCUUUGAAAAGGCUAGAGACGCCAAACCAUGUGUAAUCUUCUUUGAUGAGUUAGACUCUGUCGCUCCUCGCAGAGGAAAUCAGGGUGACUCCGGCGGUGUUAUGGACAGGAUCGUGUCCCAAUUGUUAGCCGAACUUGACGGCAUGAGUGGUAGCGAUGGUGGUGACGGUGUGUUUGUUGUUGGAGCAUCUAACAGACCGGAUCUCUUGGAUGAAGCCUUAUUGAGACCUGGAAGAUUUGACAAGAUGUUGUACCUUGGCAUCUCUGACACCCAUGACAAACAAGCUAAAAUUAUCGCUGCUCUAACAAGAAAGUUUAAUUUGCAUCCGGAGAUAGACCUACAGCUUAUAGCUCAAUCCUGUCCUUUCAAUUUUACCGGUGCAGAUUUUUAUGCAUUAUGCUCAGAUGCAAUGCUUAAUGCCAUGAUUCGAACCGCACGCGAAGCAGAUCUCAAGCUUGAACAAUACAACCAAACCAUGGAAGAGAAGGAUAAGCUAAAUAUAAGGCAAUGGUUUGAGAAGGUGGCCACAGACAAAGAUUUGGAAGUGGUGGUGGGUACAGAAGACUUCCAUGAGGCCCGUAAAGAGCUUGUGGCAUCCGUCUCUGAACAAGAGCUUGCGCAUUAUCUAAGAGUGAGGGAGAAUUUUGAAGGUGGCAAAAAGUGA